AUGGAAAAUAAAAUUGCAUCUUCAGCUCCGCUGUCGAAGGAGAUGAAAGUUCUUUCUCUAGGAAUGACUCGAACAGGGUCUGCUUCCAUAACCCAAGCUCUCACAAUUCUUGGCUAUGAUGGCGUUCAUCACGGCAUCCAAGCCAUUACAUCUCCUCGCGAGUGGACCCUCUUUUCUGCAGCUGCAGACUCAACCUUUCCUACAUUGCCAACUUACACCGGCGCACCCUUCACACAAGAAAGUUGGAAGUCGCUCUUCGGCAAUUAUGAGGCAGUCACAGACAUGGGCUCUUUUUUCGCUUUGCAGCUGAUAGCGGCCUAUCCUGAUGCCAAAAUCAUUCUUGUAGAGCGCGAUAUAGAUAGCUGGUUCCAGAGCAUGGACGAGGCCAUCUUCAAGACGACGUGGGGUUGGCGCGCAGAUCUUAUCAUUGAUUACCUUGGCCCUCGUUGGGGUUUGGCAGGAGGUCAGACUCUGAGGAAAAUUCUUCUAGGCUUCUAUGAAGUUCGCAACGUCAAUGAGAUGAGGAAAGUUGCGAAGGAGAGAUACAAGAGACAUUAUGCGGAGAUUCGAGCUGCUGUACCGAAAGAGAGGUUGCUGGAGUUCAACCUUAAAGACGGCUGGAAGCCUCUGUGCGAGUUCCUUGGAAAGGACGUGCCUGAGACGGUGGAUUUUCCUGUUGCUAACAAGAGAAAAGAACAUCUUGAUCGGGUAAGAACAAGGCAGAACCGAUUUUUCAAACUCGCGAUUUUCGUUGGUCUGCGCAAAGCGCUGCCUUGGGUGUUUGGAGUUGGAGCUGUGACGGCUGGAUUCUACUUGACAAAACCGACAUGGGCCUUGGAGAGCUUUGAGAGAAUUUUGAAGAUGGCUCAAUCUCAGCUGAAGUACUAA